AUGCAGGCUCCUGACAAUGGAUGGGAGAAGACGCGGCGGCGCAUAUUCUGGGACUUCCUGGAGAACCCUCGGUUCGAACUAUCACCUAUACCUGAAGCGGACCCCGCGUCGCCGGACACGGACACGGACAGCAGCUUGCCGGACCUGAUCGUGGAGCCGGAGCCGGACCGGCACGACCACCCGCCGUCCUUCUACGUCGGUCUAGAACGACGCAUGAAGCGGUACUAUCGCCAGCUCUUUCAUCCAGAUAUGCAUGACAGUGAAGAUGACAACUCCGACUUUGAAGGAAUUGACACAAGGAAAGAUGCUGAAGAAGAAUCGAUUACAAUUGCAGAAAUACACGACUCGCCAAGAAGACGUCCGGUACAGUUUGAUAAUAGGAGCCCUGUGUUGAUACCACGUGUGCCAGUGCGACGAUUCGGUCGGUUAUCUGGUCGGGCCAUGAACGUUUUAGAAACUUCUGGUGAACGUAUAAAUCAAGUCCCGACACACAUAGCUGAACAGUCAAAUAACCAAGAUAACUCCAUCGUAGAACCAGAUACAGACGGGCAAAGACUACUAACAGCCAGUGAACUUACAGUAAUUAGAAUCAAUGAAACAUCUAACACAGAGUUAGUAAACACUAGCGGAACUGGCCAUCAAGAAGAUGCUGUUGAAGAAGGCGAAACUAAAAUAACUGACAUACAAAAAGUAUCUAGUGAUUGUAAUAAAGAGGGUAUGGGCGUUGCAAGCAAAGAACGUAAAUUUCUCUUCCUUAGUCCCGAUGAAGAGUUGUUCGAACCUCUAGCUCAUAGUUCAGAGAAGUCCAUCAAUGAAGAUUUGGAGCCUGUUGAGGAGAUGAGAGAAGCUCGGGGGUCUGGAGUUAAUGUGUCCGGGCAUGGAGAAACGGAGCAAACAAGUCCUGUGCUAGCAUUUGAAACAAGGAAAAGUGCAGAUAGACUUGAAAAUGUUUCCUCUGACUCCACUGAAAUCAACGCUUCCAUUGAAGGAGAAAACGGAACGAGCGUAGAACAUAACAUUCAAAAUCUACGUCGUGCUAGAAUUUUAGAUGAGUUUUGGUCCGUGUCGCCGAGUGAGGUAAAUAUUGAAGAUUUGCCAAAAGAUAAUUCGAACUUGAAUAAAAGAAGAUCAGAUUCAACAGAUGAGGCACCGUCGAGAAAAAAGAAAAAGAUGAAAGAUGCAGCCACCCACAUGACUAAAGAGGAUAAACAACAUUUCAAGAAUGUUAGAAACGGGCUAUAUCUAAUAAAUCCGCUCGUCUUCAAAUUGUGUAGGUGUCGUCGGACUCCGGAACAUGUUUGUUCGUGAUUCUUUUUCUAUUAACCCUAUGCAUAGUGAUGUAUGCAGCCUACAAAGCACAUAAUAACACUGAUUUAGAUUUUGAUUGAUUUUAUUUAUUCAUAUUAAGUUCUUGUCUUAAUUAUGUACCCAGA